ACCAAUUGGACCAAGAUGACUGAUGUAAAUGUAUCCAACUCCUUAAAUGGUUUGAGUUUGAUGGGAAUUCUGGACACCAAAGUGGGCAACAGUAUCCAGAAUCUUCAAAACUUGAAUUCAAGGGCCCCGAGAGUGCCCUCUUUGCCUGAGUAUGGACCUAGCCAGCAUUCUAGUGCUUUAGAAGAUAGCCGUAGCCUUAAAUCUGUAGAUUCUGGUAUUCCAACUCUAGAAAUAGGGAAUCCGGAGCCUGUUCACUGCAGUGUUUUAAAUGUGAAGAGAAAACAGUCUGAGUCUGAAAUCAUGCCCGAGAGAACUUUUCAGAAUGCAUGCAUGCUGCUGUCUUAUGUGCCUCCACUUUCUUUGAAUGCUGAACAUGAACACAGUGUACGAAAGUCCUCAACUUUUCCAAGAACUGGAUACGACACAGUGAAACUAUACAGUCCAACUUCCAAAGCUCUGAACCGAAGUGAUGAUAUCUCUGUCUGUAGUGUGUCUAGUCUCAGCACAGAACUGUCAACAACUUUAUCCGUUAGCAAUGAGGACAUUUUGGACUUCAUGGUCACAAGCAGCUCAAGUGCAAUAGUGACCCUGGAGACUGAUGAAGCGCAGUUUUCAGAUGUUACAUUGAAUUCCACUAAGGAGACCAAUGAUCAAAGCCAGCAGGCGUGUUGUCAAGAAGCAGAUGUGGACAGUAAAUUGAAAAUAUUGGGACCCUUCACUAGCUUCUUUGCCAGGAAUUUGUUUACUAGAAAACAAAACACAAGACUGGAGAAACAAAAUGAUUUGGGCUGGAAGUUAUUUGGAAAAGUACCUCUGAGAGACAAUUCACAAAAAGAUCCAAAGAGAAUACAGAAGGAAUAUGAAGAAAAAACUGGACGAGCUCACAAGCCACUCUCUCCUAAACAGAAUGUGAGGAAAAAUCUUGACUUUGAACCCCUCUCCACCACAGCGCUUAUUCUAGAAGACAGGCCAGCGAACCUCCCUGCAAAACCAGCAGAAGAAGCACAGAAACAUAGACAACAGUACGAAGAAAUGGUGGUGCAAGCAAAAAAAAGAGAGCUUAAAGAAGCCCAGAGGAAAAAGAAACAACUGGAAGAACGAUGUAGACUGGAAGAAAGCAUUGGCAAUGCAGUUUUAAUUUGGAACAAUGAAAUCUUACCCAACUGGGAAACAAUGUGCUGCUCCCGUAAAGUUCGAGAAUUGUGGUGGCAAGGUAUUCCUCCAAGCGUGAGAGGCAAAGUCUGGAGCUUGGCAAUCGGCAAUGAGUUAAAUAUCACCCAUGAACUCUAUGAUAUUUGCUUGGCUCGUGCCAAAGAGAGGUGGCGAUCACUUAGCACAGGAGGCUCUGAAGGAGAAUGUGAAGAUGCUGGAUUUUCUGCAGCAGACAGGGAAGCAAGUCUGGAAUUAAUAAAACUGGAUAUUUCUAGAACAUUUCCCAAUCUCUGUAUUUUCCAGCAAGGUGGUCCUUACCAUGACACAUUGCACAGUAUUUUAGGCGCCUAUACGUGUUACAGACCUGAUGUUGGCUAUGUUCAGGGCAUGUCAUUCAUAGCUGCAGUGUUGAUCUUGAAUUUGGAUACUGCAGAUGCCUUCAUUGCUUUUUCUAACCUUCUGAAUAAACCCUGUCAGAUGGCAUUUUUUCGAGUGGACCAUGGCCUUAUGUUGACCUAUUUUGCAGCAUUUGAGGUAUUCUUUGAGGAAAAUCUGCCAAAGUUGUUUGCUCACUUCAAAAAAAAUAACUUGACUCCUGACAUCUAUCUUAUUGAUUGGAUAUUCACAUUGUACAGCAAGUCUUUGCCACUAGACCUUGCAUGUCGUGUCUGGGAUGUGUUCUGCCGGGAUGGAGAGGAGUUCCUAUUCCGUACAGCCUUGGGAAUAUUAAGACUUUUUGAAGAUAUUUUGACCAAAAUGGACUUUAUUCACAUAGCCCAGUUCCUAACAAAGUUACCAGAGGACUUGCCUUCAGAAGAAUUCUUCACAUCUAUUGCUGCGAUUCAGAUGCAAAGUAGAAACAAAAAGUGGGCUCAGGUACUGGUUGCACUGCAGAAAGACAACCGGGAAGUGGAAAGAGGAAGCCCUUCACUCAAACACUGAAACUAUGGUUGCCUCAAAUGGACAUUCAAGGGAAAAGAAUCUGAAGUGGCAAAUGUAUG